GUUCCAAAUAGAAUCUGUGUUUAUUGUUUCAUAAGUAUUUUAUUCAAAUUCAGUGAAAAUGUUGUCUCCAAAAGUGCUUUUGGUUUUCUUCUCAAUUAUUGCUUAUACUCAGAGUGAAACAGUGAACACAUGCUCAAAUAAUGGAAUCGAUUUGUGCGCUGUUCUCAGAUCUUUGGCAUCGCUGGAAGUUGAAAUUGACAUCUUAGCUUUGAUUGUGAAAAUUCAGAAUCUUCUUGGAUCGGUUGUCAGUACUAUGGUAUGCAGUCUCGGCGUCCAAGUGUGUGUGCCAUUAUGUACAGUUGUCCAAGCUUUGAUGGAACUGAGCAUUGAUGUGAACAUUAUCAAUACCAUCAUCAUUAGUGUAACAGGAGAACCACCAGCAUGCAAUAUCUAAAUACAAAGGAUUUCUAUAUUGCUCAUGGAUUUAGAACCAUAUGCACACAUGUUCCAUUAAAUGUUUUGUUAGACAAAUAAAUCUUGUUAUGAAAAUUA